ACGAAGCGGGACUUCCGCCUGUGACGUGUCCGCCCGCUGCAGGACCGGAUGGUGGUGGCUGUGGGUGUCAGAUGCAGAGUGGACCCAGAAGAGGAGCAAGGUAACCGUGCAAAUCAUUAGAGAAGACUGGCCGGGGUGAACAUGGUGCUGUGGCUGCUUGGAGCCGCGAUGCUGGCUCGGGCGGCCGGUUUCUACCUCCCGGGUCUAGCGCCCGUCAGCUUCUGUGAGCCUGAGAGAGACCAAGUUCCAGACUGCAAGUCGACCGUUGAGCUGUUUGUCAACAGGCUGGAUUCGGUGGAGUCUGUUCUGCCUUAUGAAUAUACUGCGUUUGACUUCUGCUCAGAGAACACAAAGAAACGUCCAUCAGAGAAUUUGGGCCAGGUUCUUUUCGGGGAGAGAAUCGAACCCUCGCCAUACAAGUUUCAGUUUAAGAAACCUGCAGUGUGUCAGAAGGUGUGUACCAGAACCUACGACACCAACAACCCACCAGACAAAGCCAAACUGGACUUCCUCAAGAAAGGCAUGUUACUCAACUACCAGCAUCACUGGAUUGUGGAUAACAUGCCAGUCACCUGGUGCUAUGAUGUUGAGGAUGGACUGAAAUUCUGUAAUCCUGGAUUCCCUAUUGGCUGUUACGUCACAGAAGCAGGUCGACCCAAAGAUGCCUGCGUGGUCAAUUCUAACUUUAAUGAAAAGGAUGCUUUUUACAUCUUUAACCAUGUGGACAUCACCAUCCAUUACCACAUCGUUGAGCAUGAGCAACUCGGAGCACGAUUGGUUGCUGCGAAGAUUGAACCCAAAAGCUAUGAAAACCCUAAUGAUGACAGCCCUGAUUGUUCUGGAGGGCCAAAGUUCCUGAAAAACAAAUACACAGGAGUGUUCAAGAUCCCAUACACCUACUCUGUCAACUUUGUGGAAGACAAGAAUAUUCGCUGGGCAUCUAGAUGGGACUACAUCCUGGAGUCAAUGCCUCACACCAACAUCCAGUGGUUCAGCAUAAUGAACUCGUUGGUGAUUGUGUUGUUCCUGUCUGGAAUGGUAGCAAUGAUCAUGCUGAGGACUCUGCAUAAAGACAUCGCCAGAUACAAUCAGAUGGACUCUGUGGAGGACGCCCAGGAAGAGUUUGGAUGGAAGUUGGUCCAUGGAGAUGUUUUCCGACCUCCCAGGAAGGGGAUGCUGCUGUCGGUUUUCCUUGGCUCUGGAACCCAGAUCUUCAUUAUGACCUUUGUCACCCUUUUCUUUGCCUGUCUAGGGUUCCUCUCUCCGGCGAACCGUGGGGCUCUGAUGACGUGUGCCGUUAUUCUCUGGGUUCUUCUGGGAACUCCUGCUGGAUAUGUGGCUGCCCGCCUCUACAAAUCUUUUGGAGGAGAGAAGUGGAAGACCAAUGUUUUACUUACAGCCUUCCUCUGCCCUGGGGUGGUGUUUGCAGAUUUUUUUGUGAUGAACUUGAUUUUGUGGGGAGAAGGGUCUUCAGCAGCCAUGCCCUUUGGGACCCUGAUAGCCAUAUUGGCUCUUUGGUUCUGUAUCUCAGUACCACUUACCUUUAUAGGAGCAUACUUUGGCUUCAAGAAAGCAGGUAUUGAGCACCCAGUGCGGACAAAUCAGAUUCCUCGUCAAAUCCCAGAGCAGUCAUUCUACACAAAGCCUUUCCCUGGUAUCGUCAUGGGAGGAAUUCUGCCUUUUGGAUGUAUAUUUAUUCAGCUCUUCUUCAUACUAAACUCCAUCUGGUCCCAUCAGAUGUACUACAUGUUUGGUUUCCUUUUCCUUGUCUUCAUUAUCCUGGUCAUCACAUGCUCUGAGGCCACCAUCCUGCUCUGCUACUUCCACUUAUGUGCUGAGGACUACCAUUGGCAGUGGCGUUCCUUCCUGACCAGCGGCUUCACUGCUUUUUAUUUCCUGGUCUAUGCCAUUCAUUACUUCUUCUCUAAGCUGCAAAUCACUGGACUGGCCAGUACCAUCCUGUACUUUGGAUACACCAUGAUCAUGGCUCUCAUCUUUUUCUUAUUCACUGGAACAAUCGGCUUCUUUGCCUGUUUCUGGUUUGUUACCAAGAUCUACAGUGUGGUCAAAGUGGAUUGAAGGAUCCAAAUACACAACAGACUAUAUAUGGCUGGAUGUUGCUUUCUUCCAUCAACCGCUGGAACAUUCAGCGCUGUUAAACUGAACUGAACAUUACAACCUGAACACUCGCCCCCUCAUUUCAUUUUUUCAAGCGGAGAUGAUUGUGCCUUGGACAGAUCACAGUUUUCUUUGCUUUGUGUGCCUAAAAUGUUUGUGUGUGAGCAUGUGUACAGUGGGUUGUAAUUUUGUACAUACAGUAUCUAUCUGCAUAUAAUCUGAAUGAAAUCAAUCAUACCCGUACAAGCCUCUUCCCAGUAUCUGACACAUAGAAAGAUGGUUCAUACCUUGCCACCUUCACACAGUGCAGUGAGCAGUGAGCCAAAGCUGGACUUUCCAGCGACUCUUUCAGCUGUCAUGUCGUGGAAUUUAGGUUUUGUUUUUUUUUUUUUUUUAUCCCUUCACUCUAUGUUUGCAGAUGUAGUCAGACAAAUAAAGCAUUGAUGGUCUGCUUUUUAACAGGUACUUUCUAGGGCCUCUUGCGUUAAAACUAUGCACAGGUGGGAAAUGUGCCCUUUUUACUAUUUUUAAUUAUAUUUUCACAUGAUUUGUGUGCAACACAUCUUUGAAGAAGCUCUUGCAAUCUGCAAUCUGUGUCAAGUUGCAAAUUGUGUCCAAAAAUGUGUCUGUGUUCACAUUUCAACACCAACUAUGUCAAAAUAGCUCAAUACACCUGUAAAUCCUCUGCUGAGCAUUUUGGUGCAGGUGCAGGUUCAGCUAACUACCCUUCAGUUCUUUGAAAAGACAGAUUUCACAAAGGCAGUGAGAGUAUGACAGCUACCAUAAUGCAAGGUAAUAUGUAAAAUUUGUUGCAGAAAAAGUAUUGUAAUUCUGAUUUAACAGAAGCCCAACGUCCAGUCCCACUUUGUUGCUGGCCUCUGUUCCAUGAAGGGCAACACACAUCAGGGCCAUCUUGAUGCAUCAGCUUGUCAGUAUACACCCCUGUCCUGUUUCCCAGCAUCAGCUUGUGCUUUAGCGCUCCAGAAAAACCAGAAAGCUCCAGAGAGCAACGUCUCCACUGCCUGUUUCAUUUUAAUGGUGUGUUUGGUCCAUGCUAUGAGCAAGAAAUUAUGCAAUGCUUCAUAACACAGUCAGUGUGUAUGGCACUUUUCAUGUUUGUCCAGUCUUUUAGGUUUCAGGUCAGUCCCAAGCUUAAGAUUCAUGGCAGCUGCAAUUCUUUAGUUAAGUAUGACAAAAUUUUACCAGGCAGUAGUUAGAUACCAAUUAGGCUUAUAUUCUGUGCAGUACACAUCAAUAUAAUGUUGGCUUAGCUUUGUAAAAAGACUGAUUUAAAAAGGGAAAAAAAAAAAAACUUG